AUGGGACAGACUCCACCGGUGGCCUCCCGUGCCCUUUUCCUGCUAAUAGGGUUAAUCUCUUGUCAUGGUUUCAAUUUGGACACUGAGAAUCCAACAAUCUUCCAGGAAAAUGGAGCUGGGUUUGGACAGACUGUGGUCCAGUUCAAGCAAGCUGGACUGGUGAUUGGGGCGCCCCUAGAGAGAACAUCGCCUAACCAAACAGGGCAACUCUACAACUGUGAAUUUGGCACUGGCACCUGUAUGACCAUUCCCAUUAAUAUCCCUCCAGAGGCAGUAAACAUGUCCCUAGGACUUACUUUGACGACUGAAGAAAAAUCCAAAAAGCUUUUGGCCUGUGGUCCUAUAGUCCACCGAACAUGCAAGGAGAACGCAUAUAUAAAUGGCUUGUGCUUCAUGUUGGAUUCGGACCUGAAGCAGGAGUUUAAUUUCCCUGAAUCCCUACAAGAAUGCCCAAAGCAAGCAAAUGACAUUGUCUUCCUGAUUGAUGGCUCUGGUAGCAUUAGACCUCAGCAAUUUGUACAGAUGAAGAAUUUUGUCAUGACAGUGAUGGACCAGUUCAAGGGAACCAAUACACAGUUUUCUCUGAUGCAGUAUUCCGAUGACUUCGAGAUACAUUUCACCUUCAACAAUUUCAAGAAUGAUCCUACUUCAAAAAACCUGGUUGAUCCGAUUGUGCAGCUAAGUGGGAGGACCCACACAGCCUCAGGCAUUAGAAAAGUAGUACGAGAACUGUUUCAGGAAUGGAAUGGAGCCCGGAAAGAUGCCACCAAGAUCCUCAUUGUUAUCACAGAUGGACAGAUACAAGGAGAUUCGCUGAAUUAUAGAGAUGUCAUUCCAGAGGCAGAGAGAGAGGGAGUCAUUCGAUAUGCAAUUGGGGUGGGGCGUGCCUUUAACACUCCAUCUGCCCGGCAAGAACUCAGGACCAUCGCCUCCCAGCCAUCACAGGAGCAUGUGUUUCAGGUGGAUAAUUUUGAUGCUCUGAGGAACAUCCAGAACCAAUUGCAAGAGAAGAUCUUUGCCAUUGAAGGUACCCAGUCAGGGGGCAAUAGUUCUUUUGAGCAUGAGAUGUCUCAGGAAGGCUUCAGUGCUGUGAUCACCUCUGAUGGGCCUCUACUGGGUACAGUGGGGAGUUUUGACUGGUCUGGUGGAGCCUUUCUAUACCAAACGCCAAAUAAACCCAUCUUCAUCAAUACAUCCCUGGUGAACAUGGACAUGAAUGAUGCUUAUCUGGGUUAUUCUGUUGAUGUUGUUAUUCAAAAAAACACCCAGAGUCUGAUCAUGGGAGCUCCUCGAUAUCAAUAUGUGGGGAUGGUGGCAAUGUUUAAAAAGAGUUUUAACACCUGGGAGAAGACAGCUGAGGUCAAGGGGCAACAGAUUGGUUCCUAUUUUGGAGCAACUGUCUGUGCAGUAGAUGUGAACAGGAAAGGCAGCACUGACCUGAUCCUUAUUGGGGCUCCUCAUUAUUAUGAACGUAACCAGGGGGGCCAAGUAUCUAUCUGCCCCUUACCUCGAGGGAGGGCUAAAUGGAACUGUGAAGUUGUCCUUCGAGGGCAACAAGGGCAUCUAUUGAGUCGUUUUGGGGCAGCCCUGGCUGUUCUGGGGGACUUGAAUGGAGAUAAAAUGACAGAUGUGGCUGUUGGGGCACCAGGAGAGGAAGAGAACCGAGGAGCUAUCUACUUGUUUCUUGGAAUGGCUGGAUCCACCAUCAACUCUUCCUAUAGCCAGAGGAUUUCAGGUUCCCAGUUCUCCUCCACGCUCCAGUAUUUUGGACAGUCAUUGAGUGGGGGGCAAGACAUUAGUCAAGAUGGACUCAUGGAUGUGGCUGUGGGGGCCAAUGGGAAGGUGCUGGUACUCAGAGCCCGACCAGUACUGAGAAUGGAUGUGUCCAUGCAAUUCACCCCCAGAGAACUGAUGAAGUCUGUUUAUGAGUGUCAGGAACAAAAGAAAACCAAUGAAGAAGCUGGAGUUGCCAAAGUUUGUCUUAUUAUCCAUAAGAAUACAAUAGACCGACUAAAUGAAAUCUGGAGCUCUGUGACAUAUGACCUGACUUUGGACCCGGGACGCCCUUUUCCUCGUGCCAUCUUCGAUGAGACAAAGAACCAUACAAGGAGGCGAACUAUGACUGUAGGCAGGAAAAUGAUCUGUGAAGAAGUGAAAUUGCUGCUACCGACCUGUGUAGAGGACCCAGUGACCCCCAUCAUCCUACGCUUCAACUUUUCUCUAGUGGGGCAACCCAUCCCCUUAACUGGAAACCUCCGACCUGUUCUAGCACCAAAUGCGAUCCAAGUCUUCACUGAAGCUUUACCUUUUGAGAAGAACUGUGGCAGUGAUAAUGUCUGUCAAGAUGAUCUCAGCAUCACCUUCAGCUUCUUGGGCCUUCAAAUGGUGGUGGUGGGAAGCCUCCAAGAUAUAAAUGUAUCAGUGACAGUGAGGAACCAAGGUGAAGAUUCCUAUAGGACCGUGGCCACUUUCUUACAUCCCCCAGGACUGUCCUUUCGACGAGCAUCAAUGAUUCAGAAUCAGCCACGAAGUCGUUUCACGAGGCUGCUCUGUGAGUCAGGGACAGCUGAGGGUGAGAGUAUAAGAAGUAGCAGCUGUAGUAUUAAUCACCCCAUCUUUCGGGAAGGAAGUGAGAUCAACUUCAAUGUAACAUUUGAUGUCUUGCCUAUGGCUUCACUUGGAAACAAAAUGGUCUUCAAGGCAAAUGUGGUCAGUGAGAAUAAUGCAUCCACAACCAAUAAGACUUCCUUCCAGUUGGCGCUACCAGUGAAAUAUGCCAUCCACCCAACGAUCAGAAGCCUUGAAGAAUCUACAAGAUAUCUCAACUUCUCAGCCUCAGAAGAGGAGAACAUCCGUGUUUUGAAGCACAGAUACCAAGUGAAUAACCUAGGUCAUCGGGAAAUUCCCAUUCAAAUUGACUUCUGGAUCCCAGUUGAGUUGAACAAGAUAGACAUUUGGAAAAAUCCUAAACUCAUUCCUUCACAGAAUCUUCCAUGUACCUCAGAGAGAAGAGAUCCCGGUCACUCUGACUUCCUGAAACAGCUUUAUAAAACUUCAGUUGUGAAUUGUUCCAUUGCUGUCUGCCUGAGAUUUCACUGUAAUAUCUCCUCCUUUAAUGUUCAAGAGGAAUUGAUCUUCAAUAUUGAAGGUAACCUGAGCUUUGCCUGGAUCAAGCAGACAAAGCAUAAUGACCUGUUGCUUACCAGCUUGGCUGAAAUAAUUUUCGAUGAGUCCAUAUAUGAAUUACUUCCAGGACAGGAGAUUUUUGCAAGAGCCCAGACAGAGACCAAAGUUGAAAGAUAUCAAGUUCAUUCUCCUGUUCCCCUCCUUGUGGGCAGCAGUAUUGGGGGACUGGUGGUUUUGGCACUCAUCACAGUCGGAUUAUACAAGCUUGGAUUCUUCAAACGUCAAUACAAAGAAAUGAUGAAUGACCCUGGGGAAAAUGCAGCUGCCAUAGCUCCUCCUGAAUAAGAGCUCCUUUCAUCUUCAACCUCUUCUGAAGAAGACUAAUAAAUAGCCUUUUGUUAAACAUGUACCCCAAUUCUCCUCUUGCCCAGGUGCCAAUCCACUUAUUUCCAGCCG